AUGGUACCUCCUCUUCCUACACCUCCUUCAACAACAACAGCAGCAGCAAGUCAACGUUUACCACGCUAUGCCCAAUCCACACUGAGUCAACGGUUGAAAUCAAAUCAUCCACAGCAUUCAAUUGACAGCUCUUCAUCAUCAAGCACUGGACGAAAGCGUAAUAUCAACCCCGAAGAUAGCCCCAUCAAGCAUCCUCAAAAGACAAGGAUUAUCGCAUCCAGCAACACCACAUCCAAUGUUCGUUUUCGAUCCAGCGAUAUUAUUCAUGAUACCAAUGCAUGCAUGUUCAAGAUAAAGUUGGAUUCUCAAGGUCGAAUUGCUGCAUUAUGCUAUCUUCCAACCCGAUUGCAUUUAUUAGUCGAUUUUUAUCAUACGGAAAUCCCUGAAAGUUAUCGACAAUUGGGGUUGGGUGAUCUAUUGGCACGACGAGCCUUUCAAUGGGCAGAGGAGAACAACAAGCUUGUGAUCCCAACAUGUGCAUUUAUUCAACGCUAUCUCGAGCAUUACAAGUAUAUGAAUAAUGCGGUGCGUAACGAACAGGAAGCCAUAGAGCGUUUGGCAAUAAUGAAAUUACGACAACAGCAGCCACCCCCUUCACCCGUGUCCUCGUCUCCUGUACCAUCAUCCAUUACUACCACCUUAGCCAUUAACAAGUAG